AUGUAUACACACUUUUGCAUUGAAUCAGUGCAUCAUGUAGAAGGUAGCGAGAAUAAAGUGAAGGAAAAUAAUGGAAAUGGCUUGUCUAGUAGUUACCAAACAUUCCAGGUGUUUGUGAUGUGUACGGCAAUGCUUAUUCUACUUUUAUCUCUUACCUGGUUAUUAGCUAAUUCUGUAUUUAAAAAAAGUGAAAUAAGACAAUCUUAUGGUCGAUUCGAAAUGCCAACUGCAGUUGCAUGCUCAUUAUUUGCUGGCAUUUCUGCAGUUACCGAAUUCCAUCACUCAAUUGACUACUCAUUUUUACACUGGAGUGAAAGUUGGACAUUUGCUGGAAUUGAUGCAACAGCGUUAUCACUCUUACACGCAAUUAUCGCAUUUGCACUACAGUGA